AUGUUUGACCACCAAUCAUCAGUUUAUAACAACAAUUGUAUUAAGGUGCCUCGAAAUUCAAUAACUGAAAGAUCCCAAACACUGUACGAUCAAAAAUUCCUUAACCAGCUCCAUAACGAAGUCACUAAGAACCUAAAUGAAAAGAUGAAAUCAAAUAUUAUCGACUCAAAAAAUGACUCUAGCCUAUUCAUUGACUUCUACGACAGUAUACCGGAAUAUCACGAAAUCAAUCACUUAUCCAAUCAAGAAUUUUACAGAAAACUUGAACAUCUCAAAGACAAGCAUAGGGAAUUUUGUGAUUACAUGCACAACCAGCUCAAACUUGAAAUAAAAGAUACUCCCCAGUGGAUUGAAGACUACAAAAACAUAAAAGUCAGUGAAAAUAAUACAAAAACUUCCACAAUUAGAAAAAAAUCGUCAAUGAAACCAUUUUGCUCAAUUCCUGUACCAAAGAAAUCUUACUUGGAUGAUGAAUAUCAUCUAUCGCUAUCAGAUAAAGAGGGGAUUGUGAAACCACCUUCUAGAAGAUCUGUAAGAAUAGAAACGCCCAGUAUCAAGUCAUCUGUAGACGUAACACCAGAGCCUUACUUCCGAGCAAAGUCUCGGAUGAAGAAUCCUGAUGAUGGAGAUGAAAAAAUCGGUAAUGCCGCAGAAUGGGAUGAUAUUACUACUGAAGACUUCAAUUUACCAUCUCAGGAAAACACUCCUUUACCAACCGAGGUCAAGAGUGCACCAAAUAGUCCAUUGAGAAGAAGGAAAUCAGUGGAAGAGACAGAAUAUGAUGGAAUCACUAUCCCUAAGCCAUUUCAAAUGACUGUCAGAGAUGAAGAAAAUAAAAUAGUAGAAGAACUUUUCUUGAAAAUCAACAAACCUAAGGAAGAGAAACUUCAACAAUUUAAAGCCCACGAAGUGCCUAUAGAAUCCCAAAUUCCUUUGUUCGAUAAAAUCAUGGAAAAUCGAGAAAAGAGAAGUCAUCUUAUUAAAGAAAAACGUAAAGCAGCUUUACAGGCUCAAAUGAAGCCGUUUUCGUUCACAAGAAGAGACGAAGAAAUACAAGAAUUGUCUAGAAGAUUCUCCAAAUCUUUGCCUUGCGUGUACAAUGACGAAAUGCCAUUGAAAAUAAAGAAAUUUAAGGCAAAGCCCAUCCCAAGAAAUCUUUUUAGCAAUUACAUCUACAAAAAAAUGCAUGAAGAUGAAUUCUACAGAGCCUUGCAGAAAAAAGUAAGAGCUGAAGAAAUGUUGAAGCAUGCUUCUUUGCCACCUUCAAUGGCAAAAAGGGAAAAAUCCAAACCAAAAAUCGAUGUAUGCCCACGAUCUUAUAGGGACUUGGAAUUAGAAAAUAAUACAACUAUGAGAAAGACCAAAAAAAUACCUAAUUACAAGGCCUACCACGAUAAAUAUGAACGUGAACUUGAAGAACUGAAAAAUGAAUUCAUCACGACCAGUCCUAGGCCAUUCAAAUUGAAAACAAAAUCCCGAAAAGGCAAGAAAAGUUCGUACAGAAUUUCGUCAGCUGUCAGUAAAAGUAGCUCUGACACAAGAACACCUUCAUCAUUAGAUAUGUCGUCAAUAAACAGGUCUAAUUUGGCAGCUGUGUUAAGAAUACAAUCAGCCAGAAGGCGUUUAGAAAUGGAAAUGAUGAAAAAAUUAGAGGAGGCUAAAAUUAAAGAUGAAGCUCGUUGGAGGGAAAAAGUAAUGAGAAAAAAACCAGUGUGGCAAUCAUUGGCAUAUAGCCACGAAGAAGACUUAGCCAUGAGACUACAACUCAGACGCGAUGAAGACAAACUCAGAAACGAAGAACACAAGCUAAGAAUGCAACAAAUGCUAGGCAGAGUGAAUCAACAACCUACCUUAUUUGAACGACAGUCUCAAAUUAAAUUUCCUAAGACUAGAGAUGAACUCCUUGAGCAACUGCAUAUGGAAUACUAUGCUCUUGGCGAAAAAACAGGCAAUAAAAAUAGAUUAAGUGAACUUUCAUUGACUGAAAUGAAGGAUGAGGCUAUCCAGGCCAUCAUAGAUAAUAGUGAUGAAGAGUUUCGCAUGCAAGCAAGAAGAAACAGCAAAGAAUCUAAUACUUCAUCUGAAGACAAAAAUGCUUAGUGAGAAAACUCAGCUUCAAAAUCAUUUUUUUUUAGUGCAAACAAUAAUGUAAGGUUUACAAAAAUACACAUACAUAUAAC